AUGGCCGGCGGGGCUUCUGGCGGCUGGCCUCGCGAGAGCUGCGUCCCCGGGAACGGAGCUGGGGAAUCCCCGGCGCGUGUUUUUGCAUCUCGGCGGCGGCCUCGCGGCGCCCAUUCGCAGGGGGAGGCGGCGCCGGAGAGGCAGGCAGGUCCGCCAGAGGGUCCCUGCCCCGCAGGUGCUUGCAAGGAAGGCUGUUUGAUGGAGGAGAUGGAGCAGAACAGUGAGACAUUUUUUGAGUUAUGGAACACGAUGCAGGACAGCGAUAUGUUGCUGAACCAGAGCCUAGGACUGGAUAUGAACUUAGAGUUGCAGUCCCCGGGAGAACUUCCAGAUCUGAGCUUUGCCCUGGAAGAGGGCACCUGGGGGGCAGGGGAAGGUAGUGAGGGGGCCCCUGCCCCAGAUGCAGCUAAUUGCACCACCUCCUCCACCGUUCCCUCCACCGAAGACUAUGCCGGUGACCACUGUUUUGAGCUGGCAUUCGAGCAAUCGGGAACGGCCAAGUCUGUCACCUCCACCUACUCACAAGAUCUCAACAAGCUGUUCUGUCAGCUGGGGAAGACCUGCCCCGUCCUGGUGAAGGUGUCUUCUUUCCCACCUCCUGGUGCUGUCAUUCGGGCCAUGGCUGUCUACAAGAAGUCAGAGCACGUGGCCGAGGUGGUGAAGCGCUGUCCGCACCACGAGCGCGCACCGGAAUACAGCGAUGACGGGGUCCCUGCCGAGCAUCUGAUCCGCGUAGAAGGGAACAAAAGCGCCCAGUACUACUCUGACAAGGACUCCAAGCGCCACAGCGUCGUCGUUCCUUAUGAGACGCCCCAGGUUGGGUCGGCCUGCAGCACCAUCCUGUACAACUUCAUGUGCAACAGUUCCUGCAUGGGGGGCAUGAACCGGCGCCCCAUCCUCACCAUCAUUACUCUGGAAUCUCAACAAGGGCAUCCUCUUGGCCGACGCUGCUUUGAAGUCCGCGUUUGCGCCUGUCCUGGUCGGGACCGCAAGACAGAGGAAGAAAACGUACACAAAGCUGCUCUUCGUGGUGAACGGUCCAAAAAGGGUAACUCUCCAGCAGAGAACGGGCCUGAGAAGAAGCACACUGCAGGGACCUCCAACAGUGCAGAAGAAGUUCACGUCCUUGAGAUCCGGGGGCGGGAGCGCUACCUCUGGUUUAAGAAGAUGAACGAAGCAUUGGAGUUUAAAGAUGCUCACGAGAGCCACAAGCUAAGCAAAGGCCCACAGAAGACUCGCAAACGGGGCAGCGUGCCUUCGCCAUGCAGCGGGAAGAGACUUCUUCUGAAGGAAGAGGCAGGGGGUUCCGGCUAG